UGUCAGAUUUAUAAACUGACAGACAGUCCAAAUGCCAUUAACCAGGAAAGCUCAAUUAUAAGUAUGAAUUGUGUAAAUAUCUUCAGUCCAAGAUACCUAGUAUACAACACCAGCGUAGUUCUGUUUGUAUUUGGCGUAAUUCUUAUUGGAAUGGGCGUGCAUUGCCAAAUGAUGCCCGAGAAGCCUGUGCCCAUCGCUCAAGGCGCCAUAGUUUUGGGGUUCAUCGCCUGCCUCACGGCCGUCGUAGGAGCGUUAGCAUCGAAGCUUGGACAAGUGUGGCUCAUCAUUCUGAACGGAAUUAUAAUAAUGUGCCUGUUUGGUGCCGCCGUGGCCUUGGGAGUUAUAGGACUGACCACCACUUCGGAAUAUUCGAUCAAAAGUUUCUUAAGAACCUUUUACGCGACGAAGGAUAAAAGUAAAUUCGAACCGUACGUACACAAGUUCCACAAUUAUUACGAGUGUUGUGGAUAUGAUGGACCUUUCGGUAAAGAUGUUCUCAGGGAAGAUGAAGUUUUUCUUGAAAAAGGUAACAAAAAAUUAGAAGCUCAGAAAGUUACUGUAAUAAUACCAGAAUGCUGCAAGGAAGCAGUUCCAGUCUGCACCAUACUAGAUGCCUAUGCACACUCUUGUUUUAAUAAAAUGACAAAUAAACAAAGAGAUUGGUCGAAAAUUUUAGGAGUUAUACUAAUUUUUACAGCUUUUAAUAUUGGCAUUGUACUAUAUACUUAUGUCCAUCGAAUAAGUAUCUCUUAAAAAUAAAAAUAUUAA